AGUCUACUUGGAGUUAAGUUAUUUGUGAUUGUGAUGAUCUUUUACCAGAAUGAGUGAUGACUCCAUCCCUUGUCCCCCAGAUCCACUGUACACACUUCGUCCUCGUGCAGGAGAGGUGACAGAUCUCCAGUUUGUUACCUUCUCUAGUGCUAGUAGUGGAUAUCUUAUUACUGGAACUACAUUUGGACGUAUUGGUUUGUGGGACCUUUCAUCAAAACGAGAACUUUGGUAUCAGGAUUGUGAUAACCCAAUACUCUCCGUGAACUCAUUACCGACCAAUAAUUAUCUGUUAAGCCAGUUGCGUAGCAAUGUAGUCACUGCCUGGGAUCUUGAAAAGGAGUGUCAGCUAUCAUCAAUGAGUAUUGACAGAACAGGAUUCUGUAAACUAGCAGUACUUGCAGAAGGUGCCAUACAAUCGAAUCUGAGUAUGGACUGUUUUGUUGUUGCUCAUUUUGAGCGUGGAAAGGUCAAUGUAUAUGAUUACAAAACUCAAUCCUGUAUGACUACUUUGUCUGUUGAAACACCUGGAGAUAGAGGAAUGUGCAUGUGCGUGUGUAUGUACAAUGAGGAAUCAACUGGUGUGACAUACGUUUUCGGAGGGUUUGAAGAUGGUAGCAUAGUACUGUGGGACACUAGGCAAUGUCAAAAAGAGCUGGCAUCAAUCAAGCUUUUCUUGGAACCAGUAAUGUGCAUGGCUAUGGACAGUGAGAAAAGUAGCAUUGUUGCUGGUUCUGCUACUAACAUUGUAGAGAAAGUGUAUUUUUCUAAGGACAAGAUUCAAAAGAAGUUUAGCGUGGAAAUAAAAAAUCCAGGUGUCGCAUCAUUGGCUGUUCGCAAUGGUGGAAAGAUUUUCUGUACUGGAGGCUGGGAUGGAAGGAUUCGAAUCUUCGGAUCAAAGAAGGGCAAACAUUUAGCAGUACUCAACUAUCACAGCUCUACAGUGAACACUUGUUAUUUCAUUCAAACUUCAGCACAAUCUGUUAAUUCAAACCUCAUUGUUUGCGGAUCAAAAGAUGAGAGAGUCAGUAUCUGGAAAAUUUAUUAAGUCAAUGUAUUUUAAUUAUAAUUAUAAUCAAUACAAUUAUACCACAUGUAUGUAUCAGUCUGUCAAUAAAAUUAGAACAGUCCAUGUUUUAUCUGCUGUGACACCGUGAAUUGUCCUAUUCUAAUAAUGUCUAAUACACCUGUUCCAGAAUCCAGAAAAAUAUUUCCAAAGCCACUAUGUGAUUUGGCUUGCACUUUAUCAAUGAGCUGCAUCGGAAUAAUAAUGACCACUUGCACACUAUUCAGCUAUGGCAUACCAUGAGAAAUUCCUCUAGGUCCACUCCUACUAUGACGUCAGUGUCAACUUCUUUUAAGUAUUGCCUUCUUUCUUCUAUGCUUGACUUGUCCCCUGCCACAUCCAAAGCAAAACACCUGGGAAAUGUAUACGCUCUCUCACUUGUGUGAAUGAUAUACUUACAGUUCCUUAAAGUCAAUAAGUCCAUCUUCAUUAAGAUCGAUUAUACGAAACUGAAGCUUGUAGUUGUCAAGUGUAGCCUCAUCCCACUUCGGCCACCUUUUAUUUAACUCUUUCGUUCUGCAUUCUGUAAGAAAUACUUUUUUUUUCCACGGAUAUUAAUUUCUGCUAUUUCGAAUAAAAUCGCAAAAAUGUGUACUCGCAGUGCAGAUAAUUGGAGGAAUCUCACUUGCGAGUAAUUAUAGAAACGCUAUUAAUUUCAUAAAUUUAAUAUGUUAUAGUUAUAACACGGGCACAAGGGAUGUAUGGAAUAUAUUGCACUGAAGCACGAGGGCGCCAGCCCCGAGGGCUGAGUGCAAUAUAUGCCAUGCAGCCCAAGUGCACGUGUUAUAACUAGUUUAUAUCCCGAGGGCAUAGCAACAUAACACUGUCCUAGUAACACAAUAUAAACAGCACAAAAAAAGACAGAGACAACUCUAGACACAGCUCCAUCUCUUCUCUCUUCUAGACGCCAGUAUCUGCAGCGUAUAAGAUUGGCAUGACCGACGAAUGGCGCCAUGGCUUGACACAAAAUUGUUGGAGUUUCAACUGAAAUCUGCAAAACAGCCCCACCCCACUUACUGCUGCUGCAAAACAGCCCCGCCCCACUUACUGCUGCAAAGAAACAGCCCCACCCCACUACUCAGUGAAUAACAUGUAUUAGCUGCUGGUCUACGCUCGGCCUCAUAACCAAGCCAAGAAAGCUCGCUUCUACACUGCUGCAAAACAGCUCAUGCCCACAGCAAAAAGAGCCACUUCUAGUGCUACGGUGAAGCAGAAUUGACAUGCAUCACGAUGUCGAGGACUAGGUCGAUCUAGGAACACAGAAUCUUCCACAAAAUGAAUCUUGGACAAUUUUAAAACCUGCAUGGUUGCAAGAAGAAACUCCAGCAGUGCUGAACAUUCAUUCCUGCAUGGCUGGACAUACUUUGAUACUCAUGCGUAUUAAUUUAAUUUUAAUUUAAUUGUCUG